AUGCCUUCUGCACGCCUAGUGUACGUGUUGUCUCCAGCAAAGACGCUGGACCUAUCCGCCUCGCGGGUCUCGCAAUGCUCGCAGCCACGCCUUCUCUCGGAUGCGCACGAGUUGGUCGAGCAGCUGCAGAAGCUUUCGCAGGUUAAAGUCAAGUCCUUAUUAGGAGUAAGUGACGCGCUGGCCAAGCUCAAUUUGGACAGAUUUCAAGCUUUCGACGUGUCAAAAACAGCGACAGAGGCAACAAGCCCCAGUGGAACCCUAAAACAGGCAGCGCUAGCGCUCAAUGGCCCUGCAUAUCAGGGUUUGGAGGCUCAAAGUCUGUCGGAGACGGACCUCGAGUUCUCCCAGACCCACCUCCGCAUCUUGUGUGGUCUCUAUGGAGUCUUGCGCCCUCUGGACUUGAUCCAACCGUAUCGCCUGGAAAUGGGUCAAAAGUUUGAGAACAAAAGGGGAAAAGACCUGUACGAGUUCUGGGGGGACACAAUUGUGUCCGAGUUGGACGCUCUGUUCAAGGAGGAGGAGGCUAAAGAAGACGUCAAGUUACCCAGAAUUCUGGUUAACGUGGCGUCGCAGGAGUAUUUCAAGAGUUUACCGUCUUCGGCACUGAAAGCUGCCGGUAUUUCGGUGGUCGACUGUGUGUUCAAGGACGACGGCAAGAUCAAGUCCGUGUACGCGAAACGUGCCCGAGGUCUCAUGUGCAGAUACCUGAUCCAGAACCGCGUGGACUCGGUGGAAGGUAUUACCGGUUUUGACCUGGAAGGAUACAAGUACGCAAGCUCGGCGUCGAGUGAUGAGACGUUUGUGUUCACUCGUACGGCGACGGAGCUGCAGAAGAUGAAGGAGAAGGCAGCGACGAAGACAAAGACAAAUCCGUCUGCGAAAUAUGAAGCGGAGCGUCCAGUGCGUCGCUCCACGCGCAAGAAACGUAAGACGGUUUGA